CCUACUGGACGUCGGACCGCCCAUCGGAGCGAAGACAAAAACAAUCGGCAUCCCGCAGCCAGUACAACAUAAACAGGGGAAAGCCCAAAGCUGAUACUACCGUUAAAUACCUUUCUCCCCGACACGGACACCACCGACAGAGAAAUGGUUUCUCCGGUGACAGUGGUCAAGAGCGAAGGCCCAAAGCUGGUGCCGUUCUUCAAGGCAACCUGUGUGUACUUUGUCCUGUGGCUUCCCACCUCGAGCCCGUCCUGGUUCAGCGCUCUAAUCAAAUGUCUACCCAUCUUCUGCCUCUGGGUGUUUCUGCUGGCUCAUGGAUUCAGCUUCCUCGGUGCUCAUUCCAGUGCACGCAAGAUCCUGGCGGGCCUCAUCUUCUCUUCUCUGGGUGAUGCCUUUCUCAUCUGGCAGGAGCAGGGCUACUUUGUUCACGGCCUUCUGAUGUUUGCUAUCACCCACAUCCUCUACUCGUCGGCCUUUGGGAUGAAGCCCGUCAACGCGUCCGCCGGCCUGGCCAUCGCCGCCGUGUCCUCUGUGAGCUACAUGCUGCUGUACCCCUACCUGUCCGGCCCCUUCACCUACCUGGUGGCCGUCUACGUGGCUCUGAUCGGCUUCAUGGCUUGGAGGGCCAUAGCGGGCCUGCAGCUGGCCAACGACCUCUGGACCUGGACCAAGCUGUCCGCCUGCCUGGGCUCGGUGCUCUUUAUGGUCUCCGACCUCACCAUCGCCGUCAACAAGUUCUGCUUCCCCGUGCCGUACUCGCGCGCCAUCAUCAUGGCCACCUACUACGCCGCCCAGAUGCUGAUUGCGCUGUCGGCCGUCGAGUGCCAGGAAGCCGAGGUGGCCAGGAAGAGAAUGUGAGGUGCCGCCAGGUCCGCGCCGUGCGUCCACGGAUGCAUCUCGCUGACGGGUCCCAGGCCUUCAGCUCGCAUCUCAGUGUGACGCUCCCACGCUGUUGUUACUAUGGCGACUGGUUUACCACAGUCUUCGCAUGGCUAGCACCCUUCUACUAGUACGGUAGCGUCACAACUGUCCUUUUACAAAAACGGUAGUAUUAUCAUCAGACUUUCCCCAGCAACAGUCCUACCUUCGUUCUCCGACCCCAGACUGGCUUUCAACCUAGUUACCGUGGAAACAAGCCUAUUAGUAUUAUUAGAGAGUCUUACUUUGGCUUUAACUGAUUUAAUUUAAGGGGAGCAUGUCACUGGGGACCCUCAAGGAAUGUGUGUGUGUGUGUGUGUGAGGGAUAGAGGGAGCGAUUGUGUGUGUGUGUGUGUGUUUGAUUAACACUCUUUACCUCUCAGUCCCAUCACCCACAGUGACCACUGACUCCCACGUCCACUUUUAAUGGUCCAACCAGGUUUUUGUCGUUGCUUCAGACUUUUUGAAAAGGGUUUCCUUUUUUUUUUAACCAUGUGCGGCUUUUCACUCACUGAAGCGUUGUUAAAUUAAGUGUUCUAUCUUCAAAAUGAGGAACACAUCCGUACUUUAUUAUCUGCCGUCCCGUCCGUUGCAUUUACAGAUUUCCUCCCAGCAGAACGCUGUGCACUUUAGAGUUGUCCUGUGAAGGAUAAAAAUGACAACUAAAACUUUAUUCUGCUGUAAUAACUAAACCUAAAACAGCACUCAAAAUGAACCCUUCUUUGAACACAAUCUCACCGAUUGUACAUUUCUUUCAGGUGUUUUACAGAACUUUGUGACCGUGCAAAUGUUGCCAUUACCAUAAAAUAACAGCCUCACAGCGAAGAAAUGGGGAGAGGAGGGAGCUGACCUGUCAUGUGACAACAGUUAUCCCAUAAUACCCACAAUCAUUUGUCUUUUAUCCAACCCACCCUUGCCCCACUAAUCCUUUUCAUUUGAUUCGCCCUCAUGUGAGUGUGUGUGUGUGUUUGCGUGUGUGUGUGUGUGUGUGUGUGUAUGUGCGUGUGUGAUUGAGUGUGCGCAUCUGAGAGUGCGUUCACCUGUGACAGCUCAGGAGCAACACAACGGCUGUGAAGCAUCACCGUUUGCAGAAAGUACGCCACUAGACAACAUGUUUUUAUAAGUCUUCACGCUCUUAACCUCUGGUGUUUUAUAGCAUCCCCUGAUGUGUUGUCGGUUAAGGGGGGACUAGAAGUAGUGUGUUAUUGGAUAAAAGUAUACUCAAACCGGUGUCUAUAUAUUCUUAAGGUUUAAUUGGACCUUAACAGUAAUUCAGUGGUACACUAGCAUCCUCUAGCAAGUAGACACUCACCUUUUUAACUAGUAUAUGUCACUGGCAUUAUGAUUAACUAACCACUAACUGUUUUCAUCACUAAGGCAAAUGGAAAAGCGAUAGCUUUUGUUAUUCAGUAGCUGAGUACACAAUGCGCCUUUAGUGGGAGAAAAUGAGCUGUAUACAAAACAACGUGGCAUGGAAAAUAAACAGAUUCCAUGUUACGGGUACCUUCUAAAAAGGUCAAUGACCUGGAGCUGUCGUGAGUGCCUCGCGUCAGCCACCCAUGGCGGAUCUGCAGUCUGACCACGGCACGCCAUCCUCAUCAAAAGCCGCCCACGGUCUCUGUUUGACCGGGAAAGACACCGAGCCCAAGAGUCCCCUCCCGCCGCCGCCGCACGCACGCUUCCUCAAUCCCCUUUUGGGCUCGUCAGCGCUUUAGUUCUCAUCACCCUCUCUGCGCGCGGCCGGCAUCCCACCCGUGUGGUGUUCCUUCCAGCAUUACUGGAACCUACCCCCCUCCCCCACACACACACACACACCCUCCCUUCCGGUGUGCAGUCUGAAAUCAGACCUAGAGGAUAGAGGGAGUUACGGGUCAGGCCGCCCUACUCGUCCUUACUGCGUGGGCUUCUCCUGUAAGCACAGUUCCCAGUGGAUAGCUUCCAGAAGACCGGCCUUACUUUGAAGGGCCUUUCUGGGAUCAUCUCACGUGGUUCCACCCGGCAGCUCGGGACCUUCUCCGUGACUUUGUUUCGUUUUAAUUCUCUCCUCCAGCGCAGAUGACCCAAGCUGAAAAAGCAUAAAAGGAAGCUAAACACAUUUCACUUCGAGUUGCGCUUGUUAGCCUCGGAGCCCUCUCGUGUGUCAAACAGCCUUUUGUUUUGAGGCCCCCCCCCCACACACCCGUGGUGCACAAGUCAUUGGUGAGCGAUACUGUAGCUGUGGUGAAAUAGGACACGCAGGGGAAGACUCCUUUUCCAUCCUAUGUGCGAGCCAGAAGGUAUCGUAGAGAGCUGUGGGAGACCAGUGUGGAUGGGAUUAAUCAGCCAGAUCCAGGGGCCGUUGAUUGAACCGCUUGCCGCUUCUUCUUUUUGCUGUUGUGUGUUGGGUUGUUUUAUCUGAUGCUGGUAAUGCGCUGCGCUGUACCCUCUGCAGAUCUUAAUCACGCGUGUCAAGUGGGUUGAAAGUGACUCAUCCAGGUCAACGCUCAUCCACAGUGAUGGGCUGCAAAGUGCACCCGACUGACGACGUCUCCUCUUUGCAUACAUCGUACAUCAUACAUCUGAAGCUACUGUGUGCUGCACUUCUCUGUAAUCAGAGGCCAGUCCAUCUCUCUCGAAGCAGCUGCUGCUGGGUUUGAAGCGAAAUGAUCCUCGUGUACUGUAACCUUUUAGUAUUUGCUCCUUGUUCCUUUAUCUCCUUACAUUUCUGCUUCGAGAGAUACAACAGAAGCUGGUUUUAAUGUUAAGGGUUUAAUCACAAUAAAGUGGCAUUUUUGAAGUGUUACAAGCCUUUAUAUAUAUAUGAACUCUCUUUUUACGUUAUCCUUUUAUUUGCAGAAAGGUAACUCCAAAUGCUGUUUUUGCCUGUCUCUGUGGAAAGAAAUCUUUUCUUUUUUUGAUGGUCCUGACUUCAUUUCAUGAACAAAUGUUUAUUUCCCUUAUUUAUCUCUUCUUUUUAUUUCUGUGAUAUUUCUCACCCCAUCAUCCUUGAUUCAGUUUUUUUCUUUUUUAAUGAACGUAGAGAUGAAAUAGUUCUGCUGUAGUGAACUGAUAUGAAUGUGAAUAUCUAUUGGAAAAAUAAAUGAAAAUACAAUGCAAAUUCAA